CAGACGAUCACGAUUAGUCUUGUUCUUUGUGUUCUGCAAUUUUGCGUUUUGUAUCGGAGUUCGUCGACUAAUCUCUGCUGUCGAUACGCGGGUAACUGGGUACAUAGUACAUGACAUGAGGCAUGAGGUCAAUGAGGUGUAUCAGUCAGCGUGCUCUGUGCAUAGUGCGGAUUAGGAUUCUGUUUUAUAGAGCACUAAGGACUUGAUUGUUGCAGUUAAACAGUUGUUACUUGUUACACGAAUGAUUUUUUAAGUUCAAAGGAUAAAGUACACAUAAACAAAAAAAGUUCAAGAGACUCAUUUAAGGGAAAGUGACAAUUGUACCAAAGUAAUUAAGUUUACAGUCGUAGAGCGUAUACUUGAACGUGUGCUACAAACCGUUGAACACUAACUGUAACAGAGAUUAAAAAGCUAUAACUGCAACCCUAAAGUAAGUGUCAAUCGCCAAUCUUGUCCCAUGAAGAUUAAACAUGAAGCUGAGAUGGUCACGGAGAGCGCGCGGAAUGCUGACGAAGCCUGGAGCGCCUUGGGGGUGCCUACAGUCAUAGCUAAGGCUCUACUAGAGCAAGGCUUCCGCGAGCCAACGACGAUUCAAACUCUAGCCCUGCCGCCGGCUAUCCUGGGUCGUAGGGACGUGCUAGGCGCAGCGGAGACCGGCAGUGGCAAAACCCUGGCCUUCGGCAUACCCAUACUACAUGGUAUCCUCGAACUCAAAAGAAGGGAAGGUAAGCUGGUCUCUAGUGCCAGUGGAAAAUUCAGAGAGCGGAGCUUGGACGAGCCCGAGUCUUCGAGCGAUGAGGCAGACAGAGAACAGAUGAGCGACCGCGGCAGCUCUGGUUUGCGUGAAAAAUUGCCAGAUUUGCGGAAGAGAGGAAUCGGCUUGGUCAAGGUUAUCGACAACGUCAGCAUCGAGGGGUUUGACGAUGACACCCCGAAGCCGACGAAACCCCUGUACGCUCUCAUUUUGACCCCCACCAGGGAGCUAGCCAUCCAGAUCAAAGAUCAUUUGACCAAGGCAGCAAAAUAUACGGAUAUCAAGAUUGCUGUUAUUGUUGGCGGUAUGGCAGCAGUCAAACAGGAAAGAAUACUCAGCCAUGGCCCUGAAAUCGUUAUUGCGACUCCUGGUCGACUGUGGGAACUGAUAGAUGAAGGAAAUCCUCAUCUUAGUCAAAUUAACUCCAUCCGAUUCCUUGUCAUCGACGAAACUGACAGAAUGUUAGAGAAAGGACACUUUCAGGAGCUGCACAGUAUUAUAGAAAGGGUAAAUUCUAAAGAUUCCAGUAAACGACAGACGUUUGUUUUUUCUGCCACACUGACAUUGGUGCACGAGCUUCCUGAUUAUUUGCAAAGGAAGAAAAUUCGUAACUCUAGAAGUAAAAUUUACAAAUUGACGCCUGGCCAGAAGCUUCAGAAAGUCAUUGAAAUGCUACAAAUUAAAAAUCCAAAAGUAAUUGAUGUUACCAAGGGCACUGGUACUGCCGAUAAUUUGACAGAGUGUCGCAUAGCGUGUACCAUAGAUCACAAAGAUUAUUAUUUGUAUUAUUUUUUAAAGCGACAUACUGGACGUACACUAGUUUUUUGUAACAGUAUAGGAUGUGUAAAAAGAUUAGCAACUUUAUUUGGUAUUUUGAAUUGCGAACCCUUACCUCUUCAUGCUAGCAUGCCACAAAGACAAAGGUUGAAGAAUCUUGAGAGGUUCCAAGCCAACAACAAUGGGCUAUUGAUAGCAACAGAUGUAGCUGCUAGGGGAUUAGACAUACCUAGUAUUGAGCACGUUAUACAUUACCAAGUCCCUAGAACUUCUGAGGCUUAUGUACAUAGAAGUGGUAGAACAGCGAGAGCGCAGAAAGAAGGCAUCACUGUAUUAAUGAUGGAACCUUCUGAAAAGCACCAUUAUAGCAACCUUUGCAAGACAUUGAACAGAACUGAAGAUUUGCCAACUUUUCCUGUCAUCGAUCGCUUAUUGAUUGCUGUUAAAGAACGUGUAAAUAUUGCAAGAGAAAUCGAUAAACUGGAACUGACAUGUCGUAGAGAUAAUACCAAGAAGAGCUGGUUGCAAAAGGCAGCAAAGGAAAUGGAUCUCUUACUUGAUGAUGAUGAGUUCGAUCAUCCUAUGGAAGAGAUGGAAACAGCUGAUACAAAACGACAGUUGAAAGCUAGAAGACAUCAGUUGGAAAAACUUCUGAAAAAGCCGUUUUUCCCAAAAAAUUUUUCUGGGAAAUAUUUGGAUUCCUCCUUGCAAAUAUCGCUAGAACAAAAUUCUCAUAAAGCAAUUGACAUUAUGAAACAAGCCAUCGAAGAACGUCCCUCUUUGAAGAAAAAAGUUACUACUAGUGUUUCCAAAAGAAAAAAUAUCGCAACAAGGAAGGGAUUAAGAAUGGUUAAAAAAAGACGUGAAAUAAAUUUAUAAUGAAUUUUCAA